GCCAUCCAACUUCAAACAAAAUCUACUCGUUCCCAACAACAUGGACAGACAAAUCACGUGGGCUGAGAUCUUGGAUGAAUAUGAGGCCCGGGAGUCGGCGUGCCAGUCGACCACGUGGGGGGACGUUAUGGAUAAGGUGGACCCUUUCCCAGGCCAAAGUUACAAGAAUCGCUCCCCAAAGAGGAUAAUUGGGGAGUUGAAGGACGUCAGCGGGAUGAAGCAUCUCCAGGAAAAGAACCUUAGCAAAGAAAGAUGCACCAUGGAAGAGGAGCGCCUCUUUGAGGUGCAGCGCAUUGCCAGGGCGAAGUGCCGCACAGAUGAGAAGUACUUCCGAGACUAUCUCCUCAAGAAGCGCCUCAUUCAAGUGAAGUACUUCAUUGAUGAGAAGCAUCAUCUCGAGAUGAUGUGUCCUGAGGAGAAGAAUCUGGAGGAGGAGGAGAAGUGUCUCGCCAACGUGAAACGCGUCGAGGAGGAGAAGCGCCUUGAGCAGGAGCAGCGCCUUGCCAGCAUUGGCCCGAUUGCUCCAAGCUUUGGAGAAGAGGGCUUCCAAGCAGAGAAGAUGGAUAAGAAGAUAGAGGUGGAACAGGAAGAGGAGAAGGUGGAGGAAGAGGUUGAGGAGGAACAGGAGGAGGGAAUGGAGAAGACAGAGAAUGGAGAGAAGAUGCCACGCCUCCACCCACAGUCGAGAGGAAUGCACACGAGGGAGCAGCAGAAGCCUUUUGAGAGCGAAUCCUCAACGAGGCCAUCCAACUUCAAACAAAAUCUACUCGUUCCCAACAACAUGGACAGACAAAUCACGUGGGCUGAGAUCUUGGAUGAAUAUGAGGCCCGGGAGUCGGCGUGCCAGUCGACCACGUGGGGGGACGUUAUGGAUAAGGUGGACCCUUUCCCAGGCCAAAGUUACAAGAAUCGCUCCCCAAAGAGGAUAAUUGGGGAGUUGAAGGACGUCAGCGGGAUGAAGCAUCUCCAGGAAAAGAACCUUAGCAAAGAAAGAUGCACCAUGGAAGAGGAGCGCCUCUUUGAGGUGCAGCGCAUUGCCAGGGCGAAGUGCCGCACAGAUGAGAAGUACUUCCGAGACUAUCUCCUCAAGAAGCGCCUCAUUCAAGUGAAGUACUUCAUUGAUGAGAAGCAUCAUCUCGAGAUGAUGUGUCCUGAGGAGAAGAAUCUGGAGGAGGAGGAGAAGUGUCUCGCCAACGUGAAACGCGUCGAGGAGGAGAAGCGCCUUGAGCAGGAGCAGCGCCUUGCCAGCAUUGGCCCGAUUGCUCCAAGCUUUGGAGAAGAGGGCUUCCAAGCAGAGAAGAUGGAUAAGAAGACAGAGGUGGAACAGGAAGAGGAGAAGGUGGAGGAAGAGGUUGAGGAGGAACAGGAGGAGGGAAUGGAGAAGACAGAGAAUGGAGAGAAGAUGAAAGCCGACUUCAAGGUGAAGCUCGACACCGAGCGUCGUGGGCCACCGCCGGCCUGA